UCCUUAAAAUGGAUAAGAAUCUUGAUACAAAUUUGGUAGAAAAAUAAAAGGAAAAAAGAAUCUUAAAUUACUCAGCUCCAGCCAGCGUUGAAAACUUUGAUUUUCCUUUAAAUACACACAAAAAAAAGAUCAACAGAUCUGCAGAAUUAUCAUUUUUCUUCUCCAUAGAACUAAUCUUCCAAAAGGGUAGUCGCUGAGAGCUUGGAGGUCCAAUGGCGAUUGGUAUGAAGCAGAUGUCUAUGAUAAUAGCAACCCUUGGUGUUUUAUCCUUUAUAUUUGGAGUUAUAGCUGAAAACAAGAAGCCUGCAGCUGGGACUGCAAUAUCAGGAAAAGGCGUUGUUAUUUGUAAAUACAAGUCUGAUCCUACUGUUGCCUUGGGCUAUUUGUCUUUUGUUUUUCUUGCUGCAUCUUCUGUGGCCGGUUUUCUGUCUUUGUUUUAUCCGUAUCAAGGAAAGUCAGUUCCACAAGCUGCUUUGCUGAGAAACACUAGUUUCCUCGUGUUCUUAAAUAUUGCAUUGGGCACAACUGGUUUAGCAGCAACAUUGUUGUUGUGGCCUACAAUCACCGAGCAACUUCAUAUCACACGCAACAUUCAUCACAACUUGCAGACCGAUUGCCCAACUGCCAAGACCGGUCUUCUAGGUGGAGGUGCCUUCUUGUCUCUUGAUUCCGCGCUCUUCUGGUUGGUGGCUUUGAUGUUGGCUGAUAACGCUCGUGAGGAUUAUUUCCAAGAAACGGAUAUCAAGGGCGAGCCGAAAGCAAGUUAUGCAGAUGAUGAAAUUAUCAAGACCAGUGCUUAAGCCUUUCUACUCUCUCUUUGUUAUAUGUGUUGUUGCAAAAUGAACUUUCAGCACAAACUGUAAAAAAAACAUGUUUUCCUGCCUUUCUAAGUAUAAUAAAAUAUAUGGAUUGUUUUCCGUA